AUGGAUCCGCAGAGCCUGAAAAGCGCGUCCAGCUAUCUCAACAACCUACUGCUGGCUCGUGGCCUUCUGCGCAAUGGCAAGCCCAUCGAAUUCGCGCAUCCGUCCAAGGGCGAAGGCGGCAAACAGGAAACAAUGGCCCAGAUCAUCAACCUCGUCCACGAUCUGAUCUUGCGCAGAGAUCGCGAGCAGGAACAGCGCGACUCCCUCAGCCAGACGCUGCGCGCCGUCCGCGCCGAGAACCAGCAAGCUGCCUCCACCCUCGAUCGUUUGACACAGCGCAGCGAAGAUUUACAGCGCCAGUUAUCGCUCGCUCAAUCGUCUGAACGCUCUGCCAAAACCGCCCUUCGCUCCGCCGAAAGCUCCGCCCGUUCGUUGCGCGAAGAGAUGGUCCGCCUCAAGGCCACCGUGCAACAGGUCCGCACCGCUUGCGCCAACGACGUCCGCAAGCGCGACGUGCAGAUCCAGCGCUUAAAGUCACACCUUACCGCGCAGCAGAGAGGAAACAAGACGGGUCUGGUCGGCGCUAGCAUCACCAUCACUCCAGGCUCUAUGUCCACCGUCCCCGCCAGCAUGGGCAGAGAUGACGAUAUGCCCAGCCUUGAGGAUGCUGAGUACAGCCUCAGACAAGAAACCACAGAGUUCCUCACCCAACUAAGCCAGAGCCUGAGCGACGAAAAUGACAAUCUCAUCGGCCUGGUCAGAAGUACGCUUGCAACUUUGAGAGAAUUGCAGGGGAUGCCAGAGCUCGGCCAUAACGAAGAAUCUGCACAUGUAGAUGGCGACUAUCCGGACACCACCAUGGCCCAUGCCCUCCCUACUUCGUAUGAAGCUCUGGCUACCGACAUGGACCAUGUACUUGAACACCUGCGGAGCCUGUUGACGAACCCCAAUUUCGUACCCAUCUCAGAAGUGGAAUCGCGAGAGGAUGAGAUCAUGAAGCUACGAGAUGGCUGGGAAAAGAUGGAGUCCAGGUGGCGCGAUGUGGUCACCAUGAUGCAGGGCUGGAGACAGCGCAUGAUGGACGGCGGCGACACAAUCACGCUCGACGAACUGAGAAUGGGGCUCUGUCCUGGAGGCAUGCUUGCUCCCGUCGAGGAGGAAGACGAAGAAGAAGACGAAGGAGAAGUGGAAAGCGAAGUGGAUACGGAAGAUGAGGAGGAAUAUGAUAUUGACGAAGAGCCGGCACUUCCUUCCCCGGAGAAGCCUGUGCCUGAGAGCAGAAAGACGGACCUUUUCGACAUCAAGCUCGAUCCGACACCGCAUAACGCCCUUCGGGAAUCUGACGGCAACAUGAGAUCCCCUCGGAAGGUGAUCUUCGCACCCUCAAAUAACAACACCCCCAACCAUGCCUUCACCGACGAGAACGCCUCAGAAGUCGACCUGGUCAAGUCCGGAUCUAGAGCUAGUUCCAAAUCGAACUCAAGAUCAGGCUCCAAGCCUUCAUCCACAAGCAACCCGCUGUCCGCACCCAGGCAAUUGCCGCAGCCCCCAGUGUCUGAAACCCGCAAACGCCGCUCUUCUCCACUCCCGCACGAAGACGAGCCAUCUCCGAAACUGACAGUGCAAGAAAAGCUCUCCAUUGCAGCGCAAGAAGCCGAAGAAGCUGCUGCUCUUGCGGCUAGGACUGCGGCAGCGGAGAAGAAAGAAGCAGCAGACAACCGAAAAGUCACCGCCGCCGCUGCCAUCACCACCAUCGAAAACGACCCCAUCGUUGAGGAGAACGAAAACGUCAAUACGCGUCCCAGGCGGACGCCGCGUAGGAGUAACGUCAAAGGCAGAGCGAAGCGGAGGAAGAGUACCCUGAGCCCUGAGGAGCUUGAGGCGUUGAUGGGGCUGGCUGAUUAG